AUCAUGACCAAAAGUGAAUCGACUAUCGAAAUCUUCAGAGGAUGUCAGCUUUCUAAUCACUGAAAUAUUAUUGGCAAAGUAUUUAAUAAUCAACGUUAUUUAGAACUACCGAUUAUCAAUUAUUUGAGUGCACCUGUAUCUUUUUACAAACGAUGUCCGCUAAUAAAUCGCUCCAGGCUAUGCGCCUGUACUACCUGAAAAGGAAAAGUCGCUUCGACAGCGGCCUUGGAGCAGCAUUACCUGAGGCUUAUAAAAAGUUUUGGGCUGAGUGGAAAUUUCAGGAACCUACUUUUGUGCACCAAAUUAAGAAAGAAGGAAAAUGGACCAGAAAUCCUCUAACAGGACAAGUGACUCCAAUUCAAAAUGUACCAAUUCCAGUGUUAUAUCCACCAGAGCAUAACGAUGGCAUAUGGGGUGGGGAAGGUAUAGUCAAAGGAUUUCAACAACGACGUCCCAUGAGAAGAAGAGUCCCACAUUUCUGGAUCCCUAGCCUGAAAAGUUUGGUUGUAUAUAGUGAAGUACUCGACAAAUACAUGCGUAUCGUUGGCACGGAUAGAACCAUUGAUUUAAUUCAUGAAAAUCAUGGAUUCGAUAAUUAUCUGUUGAAGACACCAGCAUGCGACUUGAAAUCAGAGUUAGCACUCAAAUUGAAACAACAAAUACUGAAAACUCUUUCUGAGAAAACACUGUAUCCAGAUGAUCCUGCAAAAAGAGAUGAAGUGUACGCCAGAUAUGAAAAAUAUGUGUCAGCUUAUACACCUGAAGAAAUUGAAUGGUAUGGAUUAAACUUCGUCGAAGCUUGUCGAAAAAUUUCGAGAUUGCAGCAGGAGCAGAUAGUUUUUGUACCUUUGAAACACCAGUUCCGAGAAAAAUUAAUUGCAGAGUUGAAAGAACUUGCAAAAGAAGAUCCUGCUAAAGAAACCGAAUCUAGUUCCAGUGUUUCCUGGCUCUCAAAGGUCAAUCCUCUCUCAAGAAGUAUAAAAACCCCAUAGAUAAAGCCAAAGUCACGCUGAGAUCAUUUAGAUGAACUAUAAAUUUGUAAGAAAAAAAAAAAAUAUAUCACUCAUUAGCAAAAUAAAAAGCCUAACUAAUUUUCCUUCUAA